CUGUCAGCUGCGCCGGUGACGGCGGCGCGGCGGGAUAAUCGAAUAUCGAUCGGCGGACUGAAUGUAGUGUACAGUCGACAUUCGACGUCUUGCGUUUCGUGUUGUUUGACGCGGAUGAAACUGUGAUUCGUAUUGUAGAAAAUUAAAAUGCUAAAAUAAUAUAAUAAAAUUUUAAUUAUUUAAAAUGGCUUUGUAUAGUUUCGUGUGUUUUUCUCUUUUAUUAACGGUGUCCGCAGAGUUCCAGUGGAAACAUCAUAACAAUGAAGAACUACCCUUGGUUUUACAAGAAGUACAUAAUAACUGCCCGAAUAUAACUAGAAUCUAUGCAUUAAGUGAGCCCUCAGUUUGCAAUGUUCCCUUGUAUGUCAUAGAAUUUGCACAGGUUCCUGGUUUUCAUCGACCGUAUAUACCAGAAGCCAAAUAUAUAGGGAAUAUUCACGGAAACGAAGUUCUGGGUCGAGAGCUGCUUUUGGGAUUGGCACAUUAUCUUUGUGAUCAAUAUAGGAAAAAUGAUCCUGAAAUAAAAGCUCUGAUUACUAAUACCAGAAUCCAUUUGUUACCAUCAAUGAAUCCUGAUGGAUGGCAACUUGCCACUGAUACAGGUGGAAAAGAUUACUUGAUAGGCCGAACAAAUAAUCAUGAAGUGGAUCUCAACAGAAAUUUCCCAGACUUAGAUGCUAUUACAUUUGACUUUGAACGCCAGGGUCUUAGCCACAACAACCAUUUAUUGAAGGAUCUCACUCAAUUGAGUGCUCCUCUGGAGCCAGAAACAAGAGCUGUUAUGCGCUGGAUUAUGUCUACACCAUUUGUAUUGAGUGCUGCAAUACAUGGAGGUGACUUGGUUGCUAAUUACCCAUAUGAUGAGAGCAAAACUGGAGCUUCGGCCGCAGAGUAUUCUGCAAGUCCAGAUGAUGAAACCUUCAAGGAAUUGGCAAUGACUUAUGCAUUGGCCCACGCGGACAUGGCGUCGCCGACCCGUAGGGGAUGCCAUACCACUAGUAGUGACGAUGUCUCAUACAACUUCGGCAAACAGGGCGGCGUGACCAAUGGAGCGGCUUGGUAUAGUUUAAAAGGAGGGAUGCAAGACUUCAACUACUUGGCAACGAAUGCUUUCGAAAUUACACUGGAACUGGGCUGCGAAAAAUAUCCGUCAGCUGAACUUUUAGAAACCGAGUGGAACCGAAAUCGCGAAGCGCUCGUGGAAUAUUUGUGGAAAGCCCACAUCGGUGUCAAAGGUGUUGUCAGCGAUAGUAAAGGUUUCAUACCGAACGCUAUUAUUUCUGUUGUCAACUGCACCGGAUCCGUAACGAAACCGAUCCGACACGACGUCACGACAGGUCCAUACGGUGAUUACUAUCGCUUGCUGACACCCGGACAGUACGAGAUUACGGCUACACAUACCGGUCACUUUCAAGCCUCACGAAUGGUUUCCGUACCAAAGAACCAGAAGUCUGCUAUCAUCUUGGAUUUCAGACUAGAAGAGUUUCAGGGUAAAACAAAUUGGCUCCAAGAUCUGUCUUCGUUCGGAGUUUACUCGCCUUCGUUGCGUAACAGUCAACCAAGGAUAUACAAGCGAUCUCUUUAUGAAAAAGUAGCUGAAACAAUGCUAGAAAAUAAGGAAAUCGUUAAGCAAUAAAUACGUGAUUCGAACGUGAGUAUAUUGUUAUGUAUAAUUACUAAUAAACAAAUGUGUAUGUAUGUCUAGUAAUAUAUUCCAUUUUAUGACUUAAAAUUAACAGUCUCUUACAUCGAUACGUUAAUUCGAUACAGCACAUUUAUAUAGUACCUAAAUAUUUUAAAUAAAUCUAUUUCAAAUUAUACUAUGUUGCAUUUACCACAAUGCGCAUGUUAAUUGCGCGCAGAGGAAAAAAUCGUUAGUGUCGUCUUUUAAAGUUGCCAUAGUUAGAUUUUAUAGUGUCAGUAAUUAUCAGAAAUACCAUUUUUUAUUAAUCGCUACUGCACGUUUUUGAGAACAAAUCCUAAUACACUGUACAAGUUAUAUAGAGAGUUUUCAAAUGUAAGUAGGGCGAAAUAUGAAAUGUAAGAAAUGAAAUUAUCCGAUUAAAAAAAAAACAACUGAUUUAUGAUACAGCAUUAAUUAAAUUACAAUUCUUCCCGGGAUUAAUUUCAUGACUUUGUGACACUGAAAUAGUAGAUAUUCAAGUGGUGCAUAUCGCCCCAAAAAAAACAAAAAUAAUAAUAUUAGAAAGCACUCCGUACACAUCACUAGACUUUAAUUAGGUACUGUACCUUAAAAGAAAAUUAACAGUGUUACCCGUCGUAAAAAAGAGAAGGGCAGCUUGCGAUUGAAGUUGUGAUAGAUUGUGCACGGGUAGAUGUAAAUUGGGAGCGUAAAUAUUUUUUUCUAACCAAAUCCAUUCAAAGAGACAAAAUAAGACAAAGAUUAGGCUAUAUAAUUAUUUAGUGUUACUGUCAAUUAUAAUUUAUCAAAAUGACAGUUAAUACCAAAAAAAGUUUGUAAAGAAUAAUGCUUGGUUUGAUUUUGAGUCUACAAAAAUAGCAUAUAAAUUUCUCAUGGAGGUAAACUAGUGUUGUAAUGUACUCUGAAACCAUAUAAAUCAAUUUGUUAUACAUAUAUUUAGUUUUUAUUAUUAUAAUAAAGAUAAAGAAUACCCAUAUCUUUCGUUAAAAUUUUUAAAACGAAAUCUAGUCUAAUACUUUAAUAUUAUACAAAAAAUUUAUCAAUAGCAUUUUGGGAAGUUAAACGAAAUUUGUAUUCCAUUGAUUGAUUGUGUUUUAAAAAAAAUUGCUAGUAUCAAUUAUUAUCGUUUCUAGUAUCAACAGAUGUUUUUUUCACACGUGUUAUAGAAGUUAAAUUUUUAAACAUAAAACACAGUUUUACGAUUUGAUCUCGUGUUUAUUUUAUUGAUUUUAUCAAGUGGUUCGAAUACUUUCAUUGUCGUUGAUAGUUUACGCGACAACGAGAUUAAAACUAAUAAUUUCUUAUGUCGCCUACUCCUAGAGACGAAACAAGGAAACAUAUUUAAUAGAUUUGUCUAACUCGACAUCCUCUCAUUUGGUAAAAUAAAAUCGAGCUCAAAAUGCAAAGCUUAACACGAGGGAAAAAGCGUUAAAACAAUGAACAAAAUAUCAUCAUGCUAGAUACGACAACAUAGUAGGAAAGUCACAAAACAAUCAGAUUACGAGAAAAGUUUUGAAAACACUUACACGAAUAAAAAAUAUAGUUACCAUUUUUCUAGCGUGUAGUUAAUUAUAAAAUAAUCGAAUGUAGUUAAUAAUUAAUAUGUAAUACACCUUUUUUCUAUGGUAAUAAAAUUAAUAUCUAAAAUCUACUCCGAAGACUGAUCGUUCGUCGAUCUAAAUAAGACAUUUAAAAAAAUCUCCUAACUCAAACGUUUUUUUUCUAAAAUACUGUUAGGUCUCUUACUUAACCUCAGAUUUGUGACAGUUUUUGAGAUGAACGAAGCUUUAUUCAGCAUAUUUAGUAAAAUUUAUCCUACUUUGUUCAAAUGGAUCGUAUACACGUAUCUUUUUUCGAGAGAAAUAAGAAUGCUACAAUUAUUUUUAUUUGUAAGAACACCAUGGUAACCCAUUUCCGAUAAGACAUACACGACCCUAAUUUUUGUUAUUUUGUAAACCAUCAAAGGACGUAAUGACUUUUGCAAUCUGUAAUAAAAAAUAAUUUACUCACAAUAUUCAAAUAUGAAGUUAAUAUGUAUAUAGGAAAUUAAAUGAUAUGUCAAUGCAUGAAA